AUGUCAAUUCUAGAGGAUUAUGAAGAAAUUGAUUUUUCUGUUUAUGAUGUUUCAACAGAUAUUGCCACUACACAAGCUUCACCAAAGGCAAAAAAGAUUCUUAGCAAGCCAAAAAUCCCACUACUGAAUAAAGACACAACUGAUUCAAAUACUUAUGAUUAUGAGCGCCUGUUAAAGCAAUACAAAGCAAGCUCACCGACCAAUUUUCGUAAAAGCCCAAGUCCUAAAUCUAACGAGGUAGUAGAAAGGCUUCUUUUUAGUGCAGAUUUUAUAAAAAAUUACUAAAACCCUUUAUUAUCUUUUUUGGUUCCACACUUGGAAUGAUUUAUCUACGUGUAAAACCUAAUAAGAAAUAUCAAAAAAGAUUAUAUGACCUCGGAAAUAAUAAUGGAGCCUCUUUUUAAGCAUCAACUCUCUCAAAACCGAAUAAAAUUUCAACAACAAGAGCAAGAAUACAAAGAAAAAGAAAAAUGUCCGUUUGCUCCUCAAGUCUCGCCCUCCAGGUCUGUAAGAUGCCUUAAACAGUUCUUGCAAGAUCAAAUUAACUAUGAGACUAAUAAGCAGCAAAAGCUUGAAAAACAAAGAUUUAUUCAUGAGCAGAUUAAAGAAGCUGAAGAAGAAAAAGCAAGGAAAAAAAUUAAUUUAAGUCCUGGCACACAAAGAAUUUUGUCAAAGAAGGGGAAAAUGUCACCGGUUCAUGAGAGACUUUAUAGUGGAAGCAAAAUGAUGUGAGUCACCAGUGAGAAAAAGCUGGAAACUUUGACCAGAAAGCCAAUUAAACGUAAAAGCUUGAAAAUGGAAAGUGAUAAUUAUAGUGAGGAAAACCUGGCUAUAUCACAAGGGAAAUCAUUUGACAGUAAAAGGGUCUUGAAAAAGCCUCCAUUAUCAAAGCCAGGCUUGAGCAACAAAUGCCAUCUCAGUAAGGUAUCUAUAAAAUAA